GAGCCCCGGCGCGCCCUCCGGAAGCUCAGCGAGUUUCUGGGGCGCCCGCUGGGGGUGCAGGAGGAGGACCUCAUCCUGGGCCACAGCAGCUUCUCCUUCAUGCGCCAGAGCAGGGCGGCCAACUACAGCCUGGUGCCCAGGGAGAUCAUGGACCCCGCGCGCAGCCCGUUCCUGCGGAAAGGUGUCGUGGGGGACUGGCAGGAGCACUUCACGCCAGAGCAGAAUGAGAAAUUCAACGCCGUGUACCAGGCCAAGAUGAGCGACUGCAGCGUCUGCCUGCCCUGGAGCAUGGACUGACGGCCUCACCCGCCCUCCUGCUCCCUGGGGCCCGGCCUCCUGACCGCCCACGCUCUGCUGUCUCCCUGGCCUGGCAAUAAAAUGUGUGUGGACCCCUC